AGUAGAAGAAGGAGUAAGAUAGCUGCGGUUCUUCAACAUGGCUGCUGCAGUUGGGCGUUUAGCUCUGUGGUUAACCUGCCGAGUGCCUGUGGAUCGGGACAUAGCGCGCAGGGUGAUUGCCCCGUACCUUUACUGGCGACGGCAUAGAGAACGCCGCCCCGCAGUUACGACACGACAGUACAGCUCUGAUUCAAAGGAUGACCUGACGGUCCGGUAUCUGGAUGGUGAAGACGCGGGUAUUGUUGUUGUUGGGAUUAAUCGACCAAAAGCCAAAAAUUCCAUUAGCAAAACUCUUGUCAAAAUGAUGUUUGAGGCUGUAGAAGAUAUUAAGAAGAAUAACAAAGUGCGCAGUGUUAUUUUAUGCAGUUUGGUUCCUGGUAUCUUCUGUGCAGGUGCAGAUCUGAAAGAGAGGGCAAAGAUGGCUCAGAAUGAGGUGGGACCAUUUGUUUCAAAAGCAAGAGCCCUCAUCACAGAGCUGGAUAAUCUUUCAGUUCCAACUAUUGCUGCGAUUGAUGGGGCUGCUUUAGGAGGAGGUUUGGAAAUGGCCCUUGCUUGUGACAUCAGAAUUGCCUCCAGCAGUGCAAAAAUGGGACUAGUUGAGACAAAGCUUGCUAUUAUUCCUGGAGCAGGUGGAACACAGCGUCUCCCAAGGGUUAUUGGUGUGUCUCUAGCCAAGGAACUCAUAUUUACUGCUAGGAUAGUGGAUGGAAAAGAGGCAUAUCGCCUGGGGCUAGUCAAUCAUUCUGUAGAGCAGAAUGACAGUGGAGAUGCUGCCUAUCUUCAUGCUCUUGAACUUGCUCGAGAGAUCAACCCUCAGGGUCCAAUUGCAGUAAGGAUGGCAAAACUAGCAAUCAACCAAGGAAUAGAGGUGGAUUUAUCUACAGGUUUGGCAAUUGAAGAGGCAUGCUAUGCUCAGGUGGUACCAACUAAAGACCGAUUGGAAGGUUUGGCAGCUUUUAAGGAGAAGAGGCGUCCUCAUUAUAAGGGGGAAUGAGGCCACAGUUGUCCUUCUUCAAGAAAUUCUGUGCCAAAAUGAAAUGUAUUCCACUGCAGUCAUUUUUUACUUGAAAGAGUAAGUAAGAGUAAGUAAUACAGGUGAACUAGACAGCUUUAUUAAACCUUGUUAACACACUUGAGCUAUUGUACUUUCAGGUAAAGAUGUUUGUGCAGUAAAUGUGUUAAUUCAGUGUAUUACUACACAUUGCUCUGCACAGUGUCCAGAGGUUUUUGUUGCAUGGUAGGACACGUGGUAUUGAUAAAGUCUUUAAGGUGCAAACCAAUCUCUGGGAGUGCCGGCUAACUGCUUCUGCACUGACAUCUAGAAAUAACCAGGCUUUCAAAACGUCAUAUAAAGCAUAAACUUGGAAUGUAAAACUUUGUGUGUUUGUGUGUUUUAUUUUUUUUGUUUUCCUAAUUUAGUUUCUUCAUUUACAGUUUGUAUAUACCAUACAUGUAAUACAUGCUGGGUGUUUCAGGCAACACUAUUGCUUCAGUUUCAUGGAAAUUAAUUGAAUAUUAUUUAAUUUUCAGACCUAUUUACAAAAAUAAAAUACCAUGACCCAAAAUUUUAAAUACCUCCUGUUGAAAAACACCCUCAGUAAUGUUAGAGGUUGUGACGUUUGUCAUGAAACAACCCAAGUAAUUUAUGAUUUGCAUUUUUCUUUUCUAUUAUGUUUUUGUAUUUUUAGCUUGUCUCAAAAAGGUUUUCUUAAACAUUAAUGAGUCACAUGUCAUGUGAAGCGAGGCCAUGCCAAACAACUGCAACUGAUCUAAUAAAAGUACUUGAUACUUUC